GGCACUAGGGCAAUUUUAUUUUUUUACUUUCUCUAAUCUGGUCACCAGGUGAAGUAAACAGGAGCCUACUCUGCGCACAGAAAGAGUCGGAAAUAAUCUUCACCUGGACCAUUUUCUUGUAGCGUGAAAGUGUUGCUGGUUUACUUCGUCGCGAAAAUUACCAUGCUGUUCUUCAUAUUCAGUUGCAUUAUUGCGUUUGCAGGAACUGUGAGCCCCCCCUGUCCUCUUCAGAUAAUUCCUCCCAAAGUUGUGGUGGGAUAUGGAGACUCCAUCGCAGCCAACUGCAGUUGCAACUACAGCUUGGACCAGUUAGAAAACAUGGGCUGGGAAUCACCAAAUGGAGCCGUAUCUCCGACAGAGGGGGUCACUUUUCUUCUCUUAAAAGCAAAUGCGACAGAGUGGACCAUGGAGCCAAAAUGUUACACCAAUCUUCUUGACGGUGAUCAGUGUUUAAAACGUCUUACAGUCACCAUUUACAAAAUGGCAGACAAUGUGUCUGUGUCUCCUCAAAGUCAAAUGGGCCCCAUGGUGGAGGGCAAAACAUAUCGCAUGCAGUGUGACAUUGCUAAUGUUGCACCAGCAAGGCACCUCUCUGUGUAUUGGCACAAACGAAAUAAGAUAGUCUAUACUGAGUCAUUUAACAAGGAGUUAAAUCAAUAUCCAGUCAAUCUGUCAUCUGUCUUCAAUCUGACUGCCCAGCGAGAUGAUAACGCAGCGCAGAUCUGGUGCGAGGCAAAGCUGAACUUUGGGUCAUCAGGACCAAACCUUCGCUCAAUGAAAUCAAGGUCACAUGGAGUGAUCGUAUUAUACCCACCAACCUUCACCCAACCUGAAAAAGAGACGGUGACUCUUAAAGCUGGUGGUAAAAUAGAUUUAAAUUGCACUGCUAGAGGAAACCCCAUGCCAUCAUGCAGCUGGCAUCCCUCAGACCUCAUUCUAGAGAACAAUGAGAAACAACCAAUUUUGACCGUCACCCGCGAAGGAACCUACAACUGCACAGUGUCUAAUACACAGGGCACCAACACUAAAUAUUUCAUUGUCACCAGUGCUCCAAGGGAUCACACAGUCCUUGCAGGCCUCCUUGGAGGAUUUGGGGCCCUGGCAGUCGUGCUCCUCAUUGUCGGGUAUUUUACCCUGAAGCCUGACGGCACAUUUUCUUUCUGCAAUGGACAACCUACCUCAUCAGUUAUAUGAGAAACCCAUAUGAGGAACUCUUUUUUUUAUUCAAUCUUGCAUGGGUGAAAUGAAAAUGUUUCUUUUUAAUGUUUUUUGUGCUUGGAGAAACAUUUUAAUUAUGUUCUGUUCAAUAUCCUCAGCUGGUGGGCUGCUGCUCAUGUUUGGCCGCUGUUGCUUAAUGCAUGAUAACAUCCGCUGUCUUUAAAGCUCUACUAAUCAUUAUUAUUAUUAUUAUAUGAACCAAAAAAACCCAAAACAGGUUAUGCAGGUAAUCAGAGAAUUUGUGUACAUGUACAUGGUUGCCUUUUAUGCACUUUUACAUGCAACAGGUUUAUUAAUCUGAUACACCAACCUUUUGUUUUUGAUGUACAGUAGCAGUCAAAAGUUUGGACACACCUUCCCAUUCCCGUCAGUGAGAAAGUGUAUGUGAGCUUUUAAAUGAUUCUGUAUGUGUCGAAGCAGACUGGCAGUUUAGUAAGAGGACAGACAGAGCAAAGCAUGACAGUGUGAACAUAUCUGGAUUUUACAAAUAGUCAAAUGUUCAUCAUAGGAAAUGGACUCAUUUAGUAUUCUAGAGGCUACUUGUGUUAAUGUCAGAUUUCAGUCUGACUUGAAAUAGAUUCAUUUUGAAUACGAGGAUGCAUCUGUGUGUGUAGCUGUAUCUCCUUUCAUCCUACUAUGGUACUGUCACACUGAUACUUUCCUGAACUUGUGUCCUGAACAUAAACAUGUGCAGUUCACACAUGUUAAAAGCUGCUUUAAAAAAGUGGUUAUGCACAUCUGUGGUUAAGGAAAAAAUCUAGCAAGGGAAAGUCAGGUUUCUUUAAUCCAUUACUCCAAUUACUUGUACUUGAAAGCUGACUGUAACCCAGUUACUUAAGUGCAUGUAAGACACUAACUGAAUCAAGUUUGUAUUGAAUCCAGAGUAUCAAUAUACAACUCUCUACUGAGUUUUUUUUUAGCUUCUUUUAGCUCACACAGGAUGGUCUGCAUAUUUAAUGUAUGGUUCAAUCUGACCUGCUCUCCAGCAGCAGCAAGCAGUUGUUUCUAACAAACAAGGCUAAUAUAGUCAUAAACUCGCUGUAUGCGACAACACCUUCUAAAUAGAAGACACAGUUUGCACCAACAUAAUUAUUUUUUAAUCAUUGUUUUGUAUACAUCAUAGACUGCAUGUUGGAGACUAAAACAGACCUGAAAGGUCAGGGCACUGGGUUUAUCAGCUUGUUGUAGAGUUCUUCUGCCUCCAACAGGCCAAAAGAAAAAGUUAAUGCUUUGAGAGUGCCUUUUUGUUGGUCAUAGUUACUGAUGAUAUGUCUUUUGAAAAGUAUCAUUGGGUAUGACCUAACAGUACUGAUUUAACAGCCAUUGUUGCCUUUUUGCUUGCAUUAUUGCCUUGAUGCCUAUCCUUUUCUUCUUGUAUAAGUAACACAAGAGCUCUAACCCCUUUGCACACUAGAUCAAAUUUGAAGGCAAAAAUGGAUUUGCUCCUUCUGAUGUAUUCAACCACUCAGGUAUAUUCGUGUGCUUUUUUAAAACCGCAUACUUACCAGUCAAUAACAUAGCUACAGUAAAUACUUGAGAGUGCUUUGGUCAGUUAUGUUUGUGUGUUUAUGUGUUUUUGUGGGAUUAUUAUUGUUAGUAUCACUUUUGAUGGAUGUACUGAGCACAAUUUAUGCUCAUUUUAUGAUAUGUAAAAUUGUUUUAUAUCUGCAUUUGUACAGUUUCUGGAAUGUUGAAUUAUUUUUGCACUGAACCACUCAGUUUCUGUGAUGUGCCUACGAUUUUAGAUAAAUGCAUUCAGAUUUUUUUUCAUUGAAAUUACAUGACAUAUGAGCUACUAAAAUCUGUGUUAGGUAAACAUUUCAUCUGAUGUACAUGUAAAGGUACAAAUAGCUGAUUUAAUGUUUUGUUAUUGUGAAUUUAGAAUCAAAUGAAAAAGGAAAAGUUUGAGUGAGAGACACUUUACAGGGAAUUUAACUUAAAAUGGUACUCUAUUGUGUGCAUGCGCAACUCGAGCCCAUGAGUUGUUAAUUUUUCUGUGUUCUCUGUCAAUGACAUCCUUAGGCCAAAUACUGAUUAAGGCAAAGCCAAACCAGUGUCUUUCAUUACUGUUUCCCUGACACCUUUUGUCAACCACUUGGACCUCUCUUUCCCUCAUUCAAUCUGGCUUACAUUAUAAAGUUCUGAGACCGCCAUACUAAUUAGCACUGAACCAAGUGAAUGUAAAGGAGAGUAUUUGUUAUCCUGCCUCCUGUCGCCUAUAUAAAACUUUAUUUUUUUUUUCAGAAACUGUGUUCUUUAUGUUCAGUCCCUGUUGUUCACACCAAAGGUCUUGCCAGAAAACACUGUUUGUGUAUGCUUUGACUGUGUUGCUAUAACAACCUGGCAGAGUGGAUAUUACUCAGUUUGUCUUGCAGUUUAAAAAAAAAAGUUUAUUUAUAGACACAUAAGCUGAACAUAUUCCUCUGGACAACUUGAAGAAGGAGCAGCAUAUUCAAAUUGAAGCGAGCAUGUAAUCUGUACAUCAAGAUUCCCAGCUGUGCUCUCCAUAAAUAUACCCAAAAAAAGCAUCCGAUUACUUGCUCGCUUGCACUGCAAGUUGUGGUCAGAGUUGAUAUGCUGUGUAGCAUUCUGGUCACAGUAUGAGUCCUGCAAGCUACAAGCUGCACAACACCAAUACUCCUGCCUGCUGGGAUUUCACAAAACAUAGAGCAAUAGGAGACAAGUAUGCAAGCAGAAGUAAAAAUAAGCUUUUGUCCACAGCCAGUCAUGACUUUAUAACAAAAAAUGAGAUAUAAUGGGUGGUUUAACAGCAUGUAGCUCAUGGCCACGCUUUAGGAUGAGUGUACUGAAAACCUCAAACUCUUCACUCAAUAUGAUAAUUAAGAUGAAUAUGGUUUAUCCACAUUCAAAGUUAUACCAAAGCUUAUUCUUUCAGUGUAGUAUUAUGAUUUGAACUUCAUUGUGCAGUAAAUUGUUGUGAUGUUACUAUCAUAAAUAUAUUGGAGAUGUACUAGUGUAUAGUGUAUACUUCAAAAGUACCAACUAGCCUAUGUGUGAACCACAUUUUGCUCUGCUUAGACUACAAUAA